ACCAUAAUGUGAUCAAGAUGGAAGUUGUCCAUGGACUUUUCACUGCUUCCCGGCUUUCUGCCUUCCUCUGGGGGCUUCACUGCCUGUCCAACAGUUUUACUGCGAAGAUACUGACUCGGGUCUAGAAAAAGGCUCGUAGAAGCUUAAAAUCUGGUCCUUCUAUUUAACCUGGCAUCAAAAGCAGCUUUAUGGGAUAGCAUUGGCUGCCCAUCAUGCCAGUAGCCAUACGUAAAAGAAGCUGGGAGGAGCAUGUGACUCACCCGUCAGGAUUACAGUACAGCUAUGAUGAUCUGGAUCUCGUCUGCUGUCAUGGGGUCGAAGGCGACGGGCUAUGGAUGGGUUCUGCGGGUUCGAAACAAGGUAGACGGGCAAGGUGUUCCUCUAUGCCAGAGGGAUGCCACCAGCUGCCUAUAGAUGACCCUGCUCAGACUUGUGAAAGAGGAGCUUCUGUGAUGAAUGAUGAUACUGAACCGGAACACUUAAAACUAAUGGAAAACAAUGGAAAGGAUUUGCAGGAGUCAGUGGAUCGGUCUUAUGAGUUGGUGGGUGUUGGCAUACUCCCAAAGACUGACUCUGACUCAGAGGAUCUCCAAACCGCAAGCCCUGGGAAUUUUGGAGAGUUUUGUAAUUCAAACAGUGGUAUGUCUAGUGCAAAUAUUUCUUGUGCAACUGAUAGCAGUGAUAACACUAUCGAUGAUAAAAGUGAUUUGUGCACAGAAAGUUGCCAGAAUCACAGCAUGUGCGAUGACAGUGUCUUUAAAAGUGCACGUAUCUCUCACCAACAAUACGUCUCUAUCUCUUCCAACAAUGUGCCUCCAUUGUCUGAAUGUGCUGGUGAGCAACCUGGCAAAGUUCCAAACCAUCAGGAUACAAAGGGGAGCCAUAGAGAGGGUUACAGCAGACCUCCUGAAAUCACUGGGGCCACAGUAAACUGUUGCUCUGCUGCCGAACAGGAACCUCAACCCGACCUCCCAGAUGUUGAGGAAAGCAAGACUGUCAUCUCUGACCUGCCUGGUAUGAAUGCUCGGCUAAGCUCAGCAAAUAUGGAGGGUGGUGAAGCACUGUCGCUAAUCAACAAAACUGUGGAAUCAUUAGUAGCAGAUGGAGAAUGUGACAAAGGAAUAUCUGAGAGCCGGAGUGCAUGUUCUGCUGACAAGCAAGAUGGAUUGAGUGACCUAGGAACUCUAAAUGAAAAUACAGGACUGAGCUGUCUCUCAAGAGUCACUGUAGGAGAAGAGCGGGACCAUGAAGACUGUGCUGGGCCGUUGGAUAAGGAUCAUGGUUGGGAAAUAUCCAACCAGACAUUGUUGGAGCAGCACAAUGUUGAAAUGUUAGCGGAGAGCAGGCCCCAGGGAGAGAAAAGUGCACAAGCAGAAAGCAGCGCGAAAAAAGGACACGUCAGACCUAUUGAAUCAUCUGAUGUUAGUGUCAUAAAUCAGUGCUGCUCUUUAAUGGCAGACAGCAACGUGUCAUCUAAACAAAUGAAUUCUGGACAUGCAGGAGAUGCCAUUGGGACAAACACGACACAGUGUGCAGAUAAGGAUGUGAAAGUUUCUGUAAGUCAGUCACUGGGAAAUACUGACCAAAGUUUAGCGCCUGUUAGUGAGGAUCUCGCCAUUCCUCAUCAGACAGAAUAUAGUUGUUCAAAACUGGACACUAUACCAGAGAUCAGCCCUGUGGAGGCAAAAGACAGCUCUCUACUUCAUGCUCAAAAGAAUAAUGAUGUUAACAGUACCCCAAAUCCAGCUGCUGAGCGCUGCUGUUUGGAUGAUAAACACGAGGUUGCUGAACAACACACGCAAAACCUGCCACCAUGCUCUACAGAGGUCAACGAGGGACUCCAUGGUAACCGAGCCUCAGGUCCUCACUUCAGUGAGUCACCUGCCUCUGAGGUGGCAGAUGGUCACAGAGAACACCACCAGCCAGGAGCCACAAUGGAGGCGUCAAGGGAAGACGUACGUUCAGUUAUAUACAACGAUACACAAGACGGCAGUUCGGCUUUAGAUGGAACAUAUGAGCAUGCAGAUCAGAAAGAAGACAACGUGUUCAAAGUGCGGCUCAGAAAGCGUGGGCAUGCUCGCUUGGACUCGAUGGUGCUGCUGCUGAUGAAGUUGGACCAGCUAGAUCAGGAAAUUGAGAAUGCCCUCAUUGCUACUUCCUCCAUGGACAGCACAGCCACCUUCCAUCGACGGCAUCACCCGGAGUUUGAUUUAGGAUCCUCUUCAGCAACGUCGCAACCACCCACGCAUCCACAUGCUGCUGUUGUUGCUGCAUCUGCUGUUGCUUUGUCUUCAGGAUCUCCACAAGCCCUUGGAGCAAAGCCUAAGAGUGGGAGCACCCCCGUUGUUCCUGAGAAAGAAAAAGCUGAGAUCGAAGCCAAAGAGGCCUGCACGUGGCUCCGAGCUGCAGGGUUCCCGCAAUACGCCCAACUUUAUGAAGACGCCCAGUUUCCCAUUGACAUUUCUUCAGUCACCAAGGACCACGACUUCCUCGAUCGGGAUGCUAUUGAGGCUCUCUGCAGGAGACUGAACACCCUCAAUAAGUGCGCUUUAAUGAGACUGGAGAUUUCGCCACAAAGAAAAAGAAGUGAGGACUCAGAUGAGGAUGAGCCUUGUGCCAUCAGUGGACGCUGGACCUUCCAGAGGGACAGCAAGCGCUGGUCUCGGAUGGAGGAGCUGGAGGUUUUCUCCGCGCUGCCCACAGAUGCCUGCCAGCCCCCUUUUCCCAAGGACCAAGCAUCCCAGAAGGGCAAGCUCAGCCUCCGAGAAGGCAACAGCUCGGAGAGUGUGCUGACCGACCUCAGUGAACAGCCCGAAGUCGGCUCCAUCCACAGCAGUGGGAGUGGAGGGAGAGGAGAAGAGAAGACCCACGGUGCCGCUCUGGCAAACGAAGCUGUGCCCCCUAAUGCCACCCGUGCCAGCUCAGUAGCUAGCAUGUGUUCAUCGUCAGGCACGGGUGGGUCAGGAUGUGCUAAUGAGGACUCUCUGUCUGACGGGUUGCCUCCAUCGCCCCUAGAGACCCUCAGGCAGUUUACCUUUGAUGUAAAGACGGGGGUCGCCGGACGAGGGGGAAGUCUGGACCGAGGAUCCGGCAGCAGCAAAAGCACACGUUCGAGAGCUAAGAGCUUUCUCAAGAGGAUGGAGAGUCUGCGGCUCCGCAGCGGCAGCUCCUCUAAGAGAAAGAAGAAGGGGGGCACCGGCGGAGGCAAAAUAGAAAUCAGCGGCCCUGUCGUCAAAGAGGGUCUUGAUGAUGACAAACUGCGGAGGCUCAACUGCGUGGAUAUCUCCAGUCUCAACCUCAACCAGAAUCUUAAUCACCAUCGCAAUAAUACCCAGACUAUGACACUUAACCGCAAUCGCUCUGUAUCCUACUCCACUCAGACCAGCAACGGAAGUACUGGAAGUACUGGGAGCAGCCAGUCGGAAGCUAGCAGCGGGAGUGCGGUGAGCACGCCGAGCCCAGUGACUCGAGCUCGCAGCCACAGUGCGGCGGCGACCUCCAGUAAGCGAGGGGGCAUGUAUUUGGAAGGUUUUGAUCCUUUCAGCCUCCUCCAGCAAGCUUCAGAUCAGCAGCAAGCUCCCAAAUCUGCCCCACCCGUCCCCUGCCACGCUAGUAAUGGGAUGACAGUUGAUGAGCAGAACCGCAAGAACAACUACAGCGUGCAAGACAACAGCAGACAAGUGGAAGAGGAAGAGGAAGAGGAGGGCAUGAUCUUUUUCUAUUUACCAGAAGGCCAUAAGCCUGGAACCUUUCCCAAGGCCCUCCAGGAUGGGAGUUCACGCACUAAUGAUAAUGGAAACUCUGUGAUCCUCAGGGGACGGCACAGCAGACGUCAACGUCGUGGCUCAUCGGGCUCGGUCGACAGCCGUCUAAGUUUUUAUGACAACGUCCCUUACACGGAGAGAGUGGAGGGAGAGGAGGAAGAGGGGGAUGAGCACAAAUUAGAGGAAGUGCUUCAACACGUCAGCGGCCUGCAGCGUUUCGUUAAUGCCUGGUCUGAGGAUGCGGCCGGUGAAGAGGAGGAGGAGGAAGAUGAGGAGGAAGAAGGCGACUCGGAUUCAGCACUGGACUCGGCCUCCCCAUGCCCGUCCUCUCCUCUGCAGAACCGCCUGGAGGAGACCGAGAACGGAAGCGACCAAGACAGCACAGGAAACCCCUUGGGCGAGGGAGAGGAAGGAAUGAGGGAGAGAAGAGACUCUGGUGUCGGAGCAUCUCUAACCCGAACCAGCAGACCACAGAAACUCCGCUGGCCCAGCUUCCAGAACUCCCAUCGGCCCAGCUUGGCCUCCGCCCAGCUUCAGAUUAGCUGCCAGUCUGUGCUACAGAUGAAUCUGCUGCAGAAACUCUCCCUUCUGCAGCUCACUGCUCUACUGGAGAAACACACUCCUACAAACAAACAUGGCUUCAGUUGGGCUGUGCCGAAAUUCAUGAAGCGCAUCAAGGUGCGCGACUACAAAGACAGGAAUGUGUUUGGUGUGCCACUACAAGUCAUCGUCCAGCGGACGGGACAGCCCCUGCCUCAAGGAAUUCAGCAGGCCAUGCGCUACUUACGAAAUCAGUGCCUCGACCAGGUGGGUCUUUUCAGGAAAUCGGGCGUAAAAUCUCGUAUCCAAGCCCUCCGUCAGAUGAAUGAAGCGAGCGGCGCCGACGGGGGAGGAGUCAACUACGAGGGCCAGUCAGCUUAUGACGUUGCCGACAUGCUGAAGCAGUACUUCAGAGAUUUACCAGAGCCCUUGCUUACCAGCAAACUUUCAGAGACCUUCCUGCAGAUCUAUCAGUACAUGCCUAAAGAGCUCCGCCUUCAGGCAGCUCGCGCUGCUGUGCUGCUCCUGCCGGAUGAGAACCGAGAGGCGCUCCGGACGCUGCUGUGUCUGCUCAGCGAUGUGACGGCCAGCGUGGCUGAGAAUCAGAUGACUCCCACCAACCUAGCAGUUUGUCUGGCCCCAUCCGUUUUCCACCUCAACACGCUUCGACGGAAGGAGAGCUCCUCGCCGAGGGUGAUGAACCGGAAGCAGACACUCGGAAAGCCAGACCAGAGGGACCUGAAUGAAAACCUUGCUGCCACUCAUGGCCUGGCGCACAUGAUCCAGGAGUGCAGGAAACUCUUUAGGAUCCCAGAAGAAAUGAAUCGCUGCAGAAACUCGUAUAUGGAGCAGGCUUUGCUGCCGCAGCGCUUGGAGGAGCUUGCAGGUGAAGAGGCUGCGCAUGGAGGCUACAGGGCGUACCUACAAGAUAGCCUGGACACGCUCCUCAAAGAGGCUAAAGACAAGUUCAAAGGAUAUGACAGCUGCUCCACGCCAGAGCAUGCUGACCUGGCAUAUAGGAAGGUCCAUGACGGGUAUCCACUGCGGCUGUGGAAAGUAACGGUGGAGGUUCCCGCAACUCCUGAAGAGGUUUUGACCCGGGUGCUGCGAGAGCAGGGACACUGGGAUGAGGACCUGCUCGAGAGCCGUGUAGUGGAGACCCUCGAUGACAGGACAGAGGUCUACCAGUAUGUCAGGAACUCCAUGGCGCCUCAUCCUACCAGAGACCAUGUCGUGCUCAGAACAUGGGUAACGGACCUGCCAAAGGGAGCAUGCGCACUGGUAUGUACCUCUGUAGACCACGAAGGGGCGUCUGCAGUGGGCGUCCGAGCCAAUGUUCUCACUUCACGCUACUUCAUAGAGCCCUGUGGAGCCAGCAAAUCCAGACUCACGCACAUUUCCCGAACCGACUGCAGGGGUCGUUUCCCAGAGUGGUACAAUAAACUGUAUGGACACUUGUGCGCUGCCGAGGUGGCACGGAUACGAGACUCAUUCACCGCACCCAUGGACAAAUGAGAAAGCGGUGUGCAAUUUGGACGCCGGGAGGUUUGGGGAAUUUUUUUGGGGGGUGGGACUUUGACCUCCAUCCCCCCAGGGAGGUCAAAGUCCAAGCCUCCAUCCUCACAUCAGGACAAACUCUGGAUCCUGGAUUGAAGGACU